AUGGCCGAAUAUCACGGCGACCCGAGAGGUCAUUCGUCCAACUACCAGCGCGAUGCUGCCUUCUCCAACAUUUUCGGCGCCGCCCCCCCGCCGGGACGUUCCCAAACAAUGACCUCCUCCUCGAUGCCUCCUCAGAUGAUGCCGCAACAGGGCAGGACGCAGACAAUGUCCUCAUCGACCGUGUCGUCUAUGCAGCGCCAACCACCCCCGAGAGUGCCUCCGGGCCAGUACAUGGAUCGCGAGCCGGGCUCUCCGAGAGGUGCUUCCGUACAGCCCAACGGGUACGCGGCACAGCAGAGAUCGGCAUCCGGCGGUUACCAAGUCCCCAAUCCUCAAGCACACUACAUGCACCAGCAACAACAGGCUCGCCGCCCAUACGGAGGGCCUGCCGGACCCAUCCCUCAGCGCGGCGAUGUUAGAGGCCCGCCGCACCCGCCCCAGGGGCAGUACGGUCCGCCAAGAACCGCAACGCAGAGAUACUACCAGGGAGGAGGAGGCCCGGCGCCGGCUUUGAACAGCGAUCCCUACCGAUCGCAGUCUCUCGCCUCCGCCCCGAGGCCGAACAUGUACCAGCCUCCUCCGAGCGCCUACGGCUCCCUGCCGAAUCAACAAGCCCCGGCUAACGCUUUCCGCCAACCCCCGUACAACCCGAGUUCGUCUCGAACGACGGCUCAAGGAAGGGUCGUGCCGGAACGUCACGAUGAUCGGGCCAUGUCCAUGACCGGCUAUCCCUCCCAUGACCGCGAUAUGCAUCAAUACCAAAACUCGCACCAGACCAUGAGCGGGCGGGUCAUCCCGAACAGAAGGGCACCGGUGGAGCUGCCCAACACCGGCGGCAGCUUUGGGGGAGGCUACACGCCCGCGCCCGGGUCUCAGACGAGGACGACCAGCAUGGCUUCCUCGAACGGCGAUUCCGUCAACCAAAGGACAAUGUCGAUGGCGUCUACAGUGGCGCCUACGAUAACACCUUCGGAUAGCGACUCUGCGACACUGGCACAUAGGCCUUCCAUGAGCAAGUCCGUGGAAGGUGAGCGGCCGCCGACUGGCAAGAUCCGACCUCCCCUGGUAUACCCCGCGUUGUUGUCGAGGGUUGCCGACUGCUUCCGACAAAAGAUCAUCACCGGCGACCGGACGAAGAACGAGCUCACGUACAAGAACGCCUUCAGCGGCGCCGAGGCCGUGGAUGUUUUGUCGUACAUUAUCAGAACGACUGACCGGAACCUGGCGCUGUUGCUGGGACGAGCACUCGAUGCGCAAAAGUUCUUUCACGAUGUGACAUACGAGCACCGCCUGCGAGAUUCGACGUCGGAGAUGUACCAGUUCCGAGAAACACUGAUGGAAGAACCCGAAGAGAAGCCCCCCGUCAACGGCGUUUUCGUCCUCCUUUCCGAAUGCUACUCCCCAACGUGCACGAGAGACCAGCUUUGCUACUCCAUCGCCUGCCCUCGCAGACUGGAGCAGGUGUCUCGACUGAACCUGAAGAUCCAGCCUGGCUUGAAGAAGGAAUCCGACCACGCCGCGAACGAGGACGACGUCGACCAGACGGACGAGCAGAAGCUGUGGAUAAACUCGGUGCCGAGGGAAGUGGCCGACAGCGUCGGCGACAAGGAGAAGAAGAGACAGGAAGUCAUAUCGGAGAUCUGCUACACGGAAAGAGAUUUCGUCAAGGAUUUGGAAUACCUUCGCGACUUCUGGAUCCUGCCCUUGCGGUCCAAGGCUUCUCCCAUCCCUGCGAAUCGGAGGGAGAAGGUCGUCAAGUCGAUCUUCAGCAACAUUGUGGAUCACCCGAGUCUUCACGCGGUGAGCUCGCGGUUCGCCAAGUCGUUGACGGAGCGGCAACAGAAGAACCCGGUUGUCGGCAACAUUGGUGACAUCUUCGCCGAGUGGGUGCCUCAGUUCGAGCCGUUCAUCAUGUACGGAUCCAAGCAGCUGGAGGCCAAGUUUGAGUUCGAGAACGAGCGCUCGGCCAAUCCGUACUUUGCCAAGUUUGUGGACGAGAUCGAACGCAGGAAAGAGUCUCGCAAGCUGGAGCUCAACGGUUACCUCACCAAGCCGACAACACGAUUGGCCCGUUACCCGCUGUUGCUCGAGAACGUCCUCAAGUACACCGAGGACGGCAACUCGGAUAAGGAAGACAUCCCGAAGGUGCUCAAGUUGAUCCGCGACCUGCUGACCAGGGUCAACGCCGAGUCCGGAAAGGCCGAGAACAGAUUCAACCUGAGGCGCUUGCACGAGCAACUGCGCUUCCGGCCGAACGAAAGAGUCGACCUGCGGUUGACGGAGGAGGGCAGAGAAUUGGUGUUCAAGAGCCAGCUGAAGAAGACACCGCAGGACGCUUCCGAGAUCACUGCCUUCUUGUUCGACCACGCGGUCCUGCUUGUGAGAAUCAAACAAGUCGGCAAGGGCGAGGAAAUCAAAGCCUACCGGCGACCGAUUCCCCUGGAGUUGCUCGCCAUUCGGGAGAUGGAGGAGGUCAUCCCCGACUCCGGUGCCAUGAAGCGAUCGUCGUCGAGCCUGAUCCCCCAACUGCGGAACAACACGAACGACAGCAAGAAGGGCGAAGGCUGGCCAAUCACGUUCAGGCAUUUGGGCAAGGCCGGGUACGAGUUGACCCUCUACGCGUCAAACCAGGCUGCACGUAAGAAGUGGCUCGAGUUCAUCGACAGCGCCCAACAACGUCUGAGGGCCCGCGCCGACUUCUUCAACACCAGCGUCAUCUCUGCAGGAUUCUUCAUCGGCACCAACCAGGUCAACUGCGUCACGCCAUAUGAUGGUGGACGCAAGCUGCUGUACGGCACGGACAACGGCAUCUACCUCUCCGACCGCAAGAGCAGGGACGCGAUACCGAGGCGUGUCAUCGAGACGACGAGCGUCACCCAGCUCGACGUCCUCGAGGAGUAUGGCCUCCUUCUGGUGCUGUCCAACAAGGCCCUCUACUCGUACCCUCUCGGGGCUCUCGACCCGAACGAGCCUGCCCUUUCCAAGCGACCCAAGAAGAUCCAGAGCCACUGCAACUUCUUCAAGACAGGCAUCUGCCUGGGCAGGCAUCUCGUGUGCUGCGUUAAGUCCUCGGCUCUCUCGACUACGAUCAAGGUGUACGAGCCCAACGACGCCAUGUCCAAGGGGAAGAAGCAAAAGGGCUUUGGCAAGAUGUUUGCCGGGCAGGACGAGCUCAAGCCGUUCAAGGAGUUCUACAUCCCCACGGAAUCGUCGUCGGUGCACUUCCUCAAGUCCAAAUUGUGUGUGGCGUGUGCCCGCGGUUUCGAGGUUGUGUCGCUCGAGACGCUCGAGACCCAGUCGUUGCUUGACCAGGCCGACACGAGCCUCGACUUUGUCGCACGGAAGGAGAACGUCAAGCCGAUUCACAUUGAGCGCCUCAACGGCGAGUUCUUGCUCAACUACUCCGAGUUCUCCUUCUUUGUCAACCGCAACGGUUGGCGGGCGAGGCCGGAGUGGCGUAUCGACUGGGAGGGGACGCCACAGAGCUUCGCCCUCAGCUACCCGUGGAUUCUGGCAUUUGAGCAAAACUUUAUCGAGCUCAGAAACAUCGAGAAUGGCGCCGUGCACAUUGUGCCGCACAAGAACAUUCGGAUGCUGCACAGCAGUACGCACGAGAUCAUUUUCGCGUACGAAGACGAAAAGGGCGAGGACGUUGUCGAAGCCAUCGACUUUUGGAAGAGCAAUAGGAGAUCGGAAAUUCCCUGA